GUUCAGCAAGCAAGUUUCAGGUUAAAGAAAACUUGAAAAGUGAAAGAAUGGAAGAUUUAGAUUUUGUGAUUGAUACUACAGCUACAAGCGAUAAAGAUUCUUUGAAAACAUUUCAUAAUCCAUUUCCUCUGUUCGUUGAAUCGAAAUUUAAAUUAGAAACCGAUCAGGACUCUGAAAAUUCUGAAAAAAGUGAAAACAAUGUUGAAGAAGGAUCGGAUGAAUAUUUUGGAUUACCACAACCGUCAAUUCGAAUAAAAGAUGCCUUAAAAAAAUGUCCUAUCAAAACAGAAUAUUUCACGAAAGAAGAAAAACUUGAAUUGAAUUCAAGUGGAAAUAAAAUAACUGAUAAGCUUUUCAAUGCCUUAAAUAAUUAUCUCAAUGAGCUAAGGCCAAAAACAUAUUCCUUUGUUACCGAUGGAAUCGAAACAAAAAAGGAUAUUUCAAAACUUGGCUUAUCAGACGGACAACUAAAAAAAUAUAACCGAAAACAACGUGAGAAGACAAAGGGAGCUAAUUGGUUUAACAUGAAAGCUCCUGAAAUAACAGAAGAACUUAAAAAUGAUAUUGAGAUUCUUCAGAUGCGAUCAGCACUUGAUCCAAAACAUUUCUAUAAACGUAAUGAAAUGAAAACUAUUCCAAAAUACUUUGAGGUUGGUCAAGUUAUUGAAUCUCCUGUGGAAUAUCACAACAGUAAAAAUACUCGUAAAACGAAACGAAGUUUAGUUGAUGAGCUGCUAGAGGAUGCAAACUUUCAGAAGUUUAAUAAAAGAAAAUAUCAGGAAACUCUUGAACAAAAGAAGAAAACUGGCUACAAUAAAGCCAUGAAAAAAAUGAGAAAAUUGAAAAAGAAAAAAACUUAAUUGUAUAAUUUUAUUUGAUAUUUAAUAAAGUGGAUUCGAUUUUACUAUA